AUGGCGGCGCCCGUCGAUCUGGAAUUAAAGAAGGCCUUCUCGGAGCUGCAGGUGAAGAUGAUCGACACGCAGCAGAAGGUGAAGCUGGCCAACCUGCAGAUCGAACAGCUGACGCACGUGCAGAAGCACGCCAACCUCACGCACGCCGAGAUCGAUACGCUCGGCGACGACACGCGCAUGUACGAGGGCGUCGGACGCAUGUUCAUCCUGCAGUCCAAGGAGGACAUCGCGCGACAGCUCCAGACCAAGCAGAAGACUGCUGAGGAGAAAAUCAAAGAACUGGAGCAGAAAAAGGCGUACCUGGAACGCAGCGUCAAGGAGGCGGAGGACAACAUUCGGGAGAUGUUGCUGUCCAGGAGAGCUCAGUGA